AUGUAUUACACAAAUAUUGAGAAUAAUAGUGAUUUCUAUGAUUGUCUCUAUAUAUAUUCAAAACAAGAGAUUCGAAGUGCGCGUUACAACUGGCCAAAAGAGAAUCGAGCAUUACAAUUGGUUCCGUAUUGUAUUCGAACACCAUAUCUAAAGAAUCGGACUAAUGACUUGAAUUGCCACGGCAAACUAUACUCAUUCGAUGAAUUAAAAGCGAGAAACAUAACCAGUGAACAGUUAUUUGAUUGGCAUGCACCGACUGAUACCAUAGAUGAUUAUGGUAAAUAUUUAACAAAUUCUCAGGAAACCAAUGGAUCUUUUUGCAAUUGUACUAAUCAACACUAUUUCGGUACAAGUUGUCAGUACACAUUUAAAACUAAUGAGACGUCGUUUGAACAAAUAACUAAAACACGCUUUAAGAUGAAAUACCGGAGAAGUGAAAUCGAAUUGGGUUUAGAUGACAUUACGUGUUAUAUAAAUCACAAAUGCAAGGGAAAUAUUACAUGUCUAGAUUGGCGACAGAUUUGUAACGGCAUGGUUGACUGCGAUGAUGAAAGUGAUGAAUAUCGCUGUACAGAGUUAGAGGGAAACGAAUGUGACGAUGAAACGGAAUUUCGAUGUAAUAAUGGAAUGUGCAUUCCAAAGAGUUUUUCAUUUGACCUUGUUUUUGACUGUUCUGACGCCAGCGAUGAGCAGUUUGGAACAGGAACAUUUUACACUUAUCCGUGCACGCAAAGCCACCUUAUCGAGUGUGAAGAAUAUAACUGUGGAUGGUUGACAUAUUCUUGUAGUGAUGGAGACUGUAUUUUUAAUGAUGUUUGGUCCUGUACAAAUGGUCGUUAUGAAGUCUAUGUGAGAAAAAUGUUUGAAUAUGUUUCAGAUGGUUCGUUGAGCAUAGUUUGCUGGAAAACAAUGUUGUGUCUGAUGGGUUUUACCGAUCUGUAUGAAAUUGACUGGGAUGUUUGUGAGCAAUGGUGCGAAGAUUCAUGUGAAUCACAGCUACCCAUCGUAUGUAAUGACACAUUCUUUUUUCCACAAGGUCCGUUCCUGUUUCCUUUUGUACGUGCGUUAUACAUGAACAAUAAAACAAAUUGGGAAGAAGAUAAACUGCCCGAUUUUAUUUGUUUCGAUUCAAGAGUGUGCCCAUACUAUUUAGGUUUACCGAUGGCUGAUGGUUUUCUCUGUCGUUCGGCAGAGGAGUUGAAGUCUCGAGUCGCGGAUGCAGAUUGGAACGAAUUUCUAAGUGAAGUUCUACUAUUUUUCUCCAGUUGUUCUGCGUCGAGACAGCUUCUUAAUGACACCGUAUGUGCACAAAACUUGUUUAAAUGUAAUAUUACGAAUAGGUGCUUAUCAAAACAUCGUGUUGGUGAUGGUUAUAUAGAUUGUUUUUCAAGGAUCGAUGAAAAAUAUUCAGAUACAUGUGAACUCAAUUUUACUAAUCGUUUCAAAUGUUUCAAUGGAAAGCAGUGCAUUCCGAGAAAAUACCUAUCUGAUCGGCAUUCUGAUUGCGACGAUGGAUCCGAUGAAUAUCUAAGUAGUACAUGUAACGUUGUCGAUAGCACUACGUGCCAGUAUCUACAAGGUGCCUCUCUGAUAUCAGCAAUUGUCAAUUUUCAAGACAUUUGCAAUGGUGAUAAACUGUAUCUUUUUUCUAAAGAUAAUGAUACAGAUGAGUCAGAAUGCGAUGAAUGGCCUCUAGUAUUCGAAGAUAUAACUUGUGAUGGAGUUUGGAAUACGGUAAAUGGUAGGGAUGAACUUGAUUGUGGAAACAGAACCAUUGAGUCAAAUAUCGCUUAUAGUGUAGGUAAAUGUAAAACGACAGAGCAUUAUUGCAUUAAGUCCACCAUUGAAACUAUAGAAUGCUUGCCAUUAGAAAAGGCGGGUGAUGGAGUUAUUGAUUGUCUAGGAGCGUCAGAUGAGAGGCACAUGUAUUGUGGAAGCGAGUGGGGAAGAUAUAAAUGCUUGAACAGCAGUAAAUGCAUUCAUCCGCAUCAACUGUGUGAUCGCAGGCAUGAUUGUCCAUUGAAUGAUGACGAGGAUACCUGUAAUUAUAAUGGAUGUCUUGUCGGAGAGUUUUUUCCUUGUAAAAGUACGUGUCUUAGUCGAAAUUCUCGGUGUGAUGGUGUGAUUGAUUGUUUACCGGAAGGUGAAGACGAAUGGUUGUGCGAUUUAAUGGAUCGACGAAAAUACAAACCUCUAACCACUAUCGAUACUGAGUAUCUGUCUGCGAGAUCUCUUAAAACCGGUACACAUUCAGAAAACGGUUUCUUCACAGUGUCUAAUGAGCGACAUACUAGAAAUGACGACCAUACUGUUUUUUAUUGUUAUCGGGGUGUAUUGAUAAGCUCAGAAGAUGCGCCAUUUGAACAUUGUCUCUGUUCACCAGCUUACUAUGGUUCGAGAUGCCAGUACCAACGUGAAAGAAUAUCCGUCGUUAUCCAGAAGCGGUACGAUGAUUGGACGCGAACAGAUUGUUCAUGUUCCAUUUCUCCAUUCAACGCUGAAACAUAUCUUCUACUUGAUACCAUCAAAAACAAACAUCGGCGAUUAUUACGUGCAAGUCCAUGCCUAUUUGAUCACGUACAGUAG